GCCCAAGGAAGGCUGGAUGGUGGACCGGGGUGUGUGUGUAUGUGGGGUGGGGUGGGGGGUAAAGGAAUCCCAAAAUUUCCGAAGGAGGCAACCCACGCCCUGUUUCUCCUCUGUCCUGCAUUGCUAUGCCAUCAGAGGGAUGGGGAGGAAAAGAAAAGGAUGGGGAUCUCUUCCCGGCGGCACGUGUUCGGCCGGCUGAUCUCUUCGGCGAAAGAAUCCCAGCGCCUCCUUUCUUCUAGCGAGGGCAAGCAAGAGGAUUUCCCACCUCACUUUAUCCUCUCAACAUCAGCCCUUUCAGGAAGGUGGCGCCUCUUUUCCCGGAGCCGCGGCCGCCCCCCCGUGACCUUUUUGCCCUGAAGGCCGCCCCAUGGCUCUGCCGUCCCUCCUGAAACGCUGCCUGCGGUUCCGGCUGCUGUGGGGGCUGCUCUCCGGCCUGACCACGCUCUCCACACUCAGCUUCCUGGCCAGCGGAGGCCACGAAGUGCUGCUUUCCGGCUCCCUGCCCUAUCUGCUGGACAGUGGGGGGCACCACCCCCUAAGCGCCCCCCUGCUGCCCUCCUCGGAGGACUUCCUCCUGCAGCCUCCGCCCGAGGCCUGCAGCCCCCGGCCCCCCUCCCUGCUCGUCCUGGUGACCAGCGCCCCAGAGCAUACAGCCCAGCGGCAGGCAGUGCGCGACACCUGGGGAGGCGUCCGGUGGGCCGGGGACUACACCGUCCGGACCUUCUUCACCCUGGGAUUGCCCCCGGAGCCCUCCCGGCAGGCGGCUUUGGAGCGGGAGGCCGCCGGGCACCGAGACAUCAUCCAGGGGCGCUUCAUGGACACCUACCGCAACCUCACCCUCAAGACGCUGGCCCUCCUGGGCUGGGCCACCACCCACUGCUCCGGGGCCCUCUUCCUCCUCAAAGCCGACGACGAUGUCUUCCUCAACCUGCCCGCCCUGGUGGAACACCUCCAGAUCGGAGGGCACCUCGCCCGCCUACCUGCCUACCUGGGUCGGAUCCAUUGGAGGGUGCGCCCCGACCGAGACCCCAACAGCCACCACCACGUGCCCGCCUCCCUUUACCCGGAAGGUGUCUUCCCGCCCUACUGCAGCGGCACGGCCUACGUGCUCUCCGGAGACUCCCUGGCCGCCAUCUUGGGGGCGGCCCGCCACGUGCCCUUGAUCCCCGUGGAGGACGUCUUUGUGGGUCUCUGCACCCGCCGGGCGGGCCUCGCCCCCAAGCACCUGGCCCGCAUGGCGGGGUCUGCCCACGUGCCCCCUGACCCCUGCUGCUACCGGGAGGUGAUGUUCGGCGUCCACCAGGUGGCCCCUGCGGAGAUGGUGGCCAUGUGGGACGAGGCAGGUCCUCGGGAGAAGCCCUGCAGCCUCGUGCAGCGGGCCUUGGGCCUCCUCCGGUGCAAGGCGCUGGCUUGGCUCAGCUAGCAGCCGCCGUGGGAGAACGGCUGCCCGUUUUGCAGGCCUGGACCAAAGAGGGCUGCGGUUUUGGAAGGAAAAACUGCUGUCUGGCUCAUUUUGCUUUUGUUCCCUGGGGGGGCUUAAGAGAGGCAGGAAAGAAGGAAGCUCCCUUCCAAUUUCC